AUGAUCUCUACCAUCUUCACUACUUUCUCCGUCCUCGGAGCUGCCUACGCCUCGUCGGUGCAGCCUGUCGUGGCCAAAGGCGGAUGCUACAACAUCAACUCCUACUACCCGUACACCGGCACCACGGGGUACUUCAUGGCGGUGGUUGAUGGAUGCGUCAACACCACGGCCACCGACAAGGCCUGCAGCAUGGAAGGCUUCCGCGACACGACCAUCUCGCUCUCCAGCGAUGACAAGAGUGGACAUAUCGGAAUCGGAUACGUCGGCGACCAAGCAAUCGUCCCUCUGAUGUGCAGUAGAGCCUCUCCCUCGGUGAUUGAUGCCUGCGUUUCCGUCAACAACGGCUGCGAAUUCCAGUCGACGAACGUCAGCUCCUCGACGGGACUGUUCAGCUGGGGAUUGUCGGCCGAGGAGAGCAUUACCGUGGACUUCUACCACCACGUGGUGGACGGCGAGCAGCAGGACGGGCUCUUCGUUGGCGCUGAGAAUGUCACUUCCUGGGCUAUUAAGCACUAUCCCGCGGAUUCGCACUCGAGAGUUCCCUACUGGUUGCUGCGAUGGCUGGGAAAGAGCGAGGAGUUGAAGGAGGGAGAGUUCAAGACCUUCCUCAAGGUUGACUAUUUCUGA